AAACAUAAACAUAUGUUUAUAAUAUGUAUGCAUGUGUGUGCGUGUGUGUGCGUGUGUGUAUGUGUGUGUGUGUAUGAGUGCAUGUGUGUUUUGCAUGUGUGUGUGUGUGUCUGUGGAUGUAUGUGUGUGAGUUUGUGUGUGCGUGCGUGCGUAUGUGUUUGUGUGUGUGUUUGUGUGUGUGUGUGUGUGUGUGCGUGUGUGUUGUGCGCACGAUCGAAUGUAUGGUUGAACGCAUGUGACUAUGUGUGUGUGUGUGUGUGUGUGUGUGUGUGUGUGUGUGUGUGUGUGUGUGUGUGUGUGUAG